CAGGGAUGAGGAAAUCCAUGGACUCCAUCCUUGUAUAGGAAAUAGUUAGUUGUAUCAUAUCUAAUCCAAUGUGUCCUUCACUUGGCUUUGAGUUCUUCAAAAAUCAAAGCCUAAAGAUCUUGUUAAAGAGUUACAAUACGAGAAAGAUCUUCUGGCCAUGUAUCUUUUGUGCUUCUAAUCUGUGGAUUCUCUUCUUGAGAUGUUAAUUUAUUUUUAAAUUGGUUAUUUAUUUUCAAAUCAGUGACAUUUAUGUUUUGUGGAUUUUACUUCAGCUUCAGAAGAAUUUUUGGAACUUAUUAAAAGUGCAUUGCUGGCCUCCUUGGAAGCUCUUGAGCCUGGUUCUCUCUUUGGUCUUGCUACUUUUAGCCACAAAUUAGGGUUGUAUGAUGUUCAAGGACCUAUACCAGUUGUAAAGAAUGUUUUCAUUCCACCGGAAACAGAUGGUACCCUACCAAUUGAGCUUGAAGAUGUCAUGCCAUUGUUACAGUUUUUGGCUCCAGUGGAAACUUGUAAGGACCGUUUUGGAUCUGCACUUGAAACGCUCAGACCAACAACUUCAUGGGAGAGAACUACAGCAGCUGGUCAAGGGAUUGAUGGUGUUUUGAUGGGUGGGCGAGGGUUUGGGGUGGCAAUGGAAGCACUUUUGAACUACCUUGGAUCUGAGUAUGGAAGUACAUUUGCAUUAGGUAGAGUCGUUGCCUUUUUGUCUGGUCCUCCUGAUUAUGGAGCUGGGCAACUAGAUACAAGACGGUAUGGUGGACAAUAUGCUAGUAAGGGAGAGGAUGCGGACCGUGCAUUGCUUCCUGAGCAGACACCAUUCUACAGAGAGAAAGCAUAG